AUGGAAGCUCUCCAAUCAUCUCCAGAAGCAUCGAGCUUCGUCACCAUCGCCGAGCACCAGUCGCGAACUCCCAGCUCAUUCCACAACGGACCCACCGUGCUCUACUAUCAUAGGCAGGGGUGCAAGCUGGUCGUUCUCGAGCACGAAGUAGCUUCACACCCGAGUUUGCUCGCGUUGCGCGGGGAGAAUCCCUCUGCAAAUGGUGCCGCAAGUGCAGCCCAGGGCGAGGACGGCACUGAAGACCGCGAGGUGGCUAUUGAGGACCUCGACGUCUGGGUCACAUCCGAAAAAUUCAUCCUGUACUCCCGGUCCGCCUCGACAGGUGUCUCUAUUCCCUACCCUUCCAUCUCACUCCAUGCAAUCCAGCGACUGCGCGUGCCCGGCUCUUCCGACGCCGAGGUCCAAGGCUUGUACAUGCAAAUCGCCCUUCCUACCGCGCCUUCCGCCGAAGACGACGAAGAAGAAUGCCUCACCAUGACGGUUGUGCCUCCCGCAGGAUUGACACCCGAGCAGCGCGAAGCCCAAGAACAAGGCGACGAGCCAACGGAGACCCCUACCCAACUACUCUACAAUGCAGUAUCCGCCUGCUCCAACUUGCACCCGGAUCCAGUGGAGCCCGGUGAUGAGGAGGAGGAAGGUGACGAACACGAGACCAAGCCCACCUUCUUCCAGAUUGGACAGGAUGGCGCAGACUUUUCGAACGGGGAUCUCCCGCCGCCGGUGGAUGGGAGCUCUGGAUGGAUUACGGCGGAUAAUAUGCAUGAGUUUUUCGAUGAGGAGGGGAACUGGAUUGGGGAGGGUGAACCGCCAUCUUUCCCUGGGCUUGGACCUGGUGCUGGGACCGUGAGACCCCGAGAGGAUGAGAAUGAGAUGGAGGAAGGGACCAAUGGUGAAGGGGCCGAGGGUGAAGGGGAAGAGACGAAAUGGCGCAGAACUGAUUGA